GCGCAUGGAGAGAGCAUGGAGGGGAUGUACGAGUUUGUCGGAAGGUUCAUUGGCUACUCGUUGUGGCGGGGCAUCCGUAUCGACGCUGUCUUUAUCCCCCUAAUGUUCCGCAUGAUGAAGGACUCCGAAUCUCGAGCAACCUUUGAGGAUCUGAAAGAUGUCGACUUCAACUUGUAUUCCAACCUGCAGACGAUGCUGAAUUGCGAGCCUUCACUGGUGGAAGAAACCUUCUGUCAGUCCUUCUGCAUCGACACCGAGUUCUUAGGCAUGAGGAAGACCUACGAUCUCUGCCCAGACGGUGCGAGCAUCCCCGUGACGGGAGACAACGUCUUGUCCUUCCUCGACCUCUACGUGCAGCACGUUCUGUACAUCUUCUCGCGAAGAGCGAUAGACUCCUUCCUCGUCGGCUUUCACUCGCUCAUACCCGAGAAGAAGCUCCAGGACUUCAGCCCGCAGGAGUUGGAGGCCGUCUUGUGCGGACAGCCGACGAUCAGCGACGAGGACGUGGAAGAGCUGAGGGUCGCAAGCCACUGCAGCCUCGACGAGAACGGGGCUCCUCACAAGCAGGUCCUCUGGUUCUGGAGUAUCCUCGCUCGCUUCUCCCAGGAGGAGCGCAGCCUUGUCCUUCAGUUCGUCACAGGAAACGAGAGGCCUCCCCUCACGGGCUUCCAGGCCCUUGAGCAUCCCUUCACCGUCCAGCUCGGCAGCCACAUGAAGCCAACGGACCUCCCGGAGGCUCAUGUCUGCUUCAACCAGCUCGUGCUUCCUCCUGCUGGAUCCGAAGAGAUUUUGCGAGAGAAGCUAAGAAUCGCCGUACGCGAGGGGCGCGAGGGCUUUGAGUUGUACUAGUACUGAAAGGUUGAGAAUGUUUACAUGUCACAAGUCGAACA